AUGAGACUACUUGCACUAUCAAUUGGCCGGCCGCGGAUACUCUCAAGCCGCUGUAGAAUAGCCACCGCAGCCGGAAAGCGUCACUUGACCAACAAUGGCUUCUUCCGUGUCUCGGACGAGGUGCGCGAAGCUCUCAACUCGAAGAAGCCCGUCGUCGCGCUCGAGACGACAAUCUACACGCAUGGCUUCCCCUAUCCUGAAAACGUAGCCCUUGCAUCCCUCCUCGAAAGCGUAGUCCGAACGAAUGGCGGCAUCCCAGCCACCAUUGGCAUCCUCGACGGCGUAGCACGUGUAGGCAUGGACCCAGAGGAGCUGAUCAGACUCGCCUCUUCUGCUGGCAAGGCAAACACAAUGAAGCUCUCGCGACGCGACCUCGGCUAUGUAUGUGGCAUGCGACUGACGGAUAAGUCCUUCAACGGAGGCACCACCAUCUCCGGCACUAUGCUGCUGGCCCAUCUCGCUGGAAUCAAGAUCUUUGGAACAGGCGGCCUCGGUGGAGUCCACCGUGGUGCCGAGUCAAGCAUGGACAUCUCUGCCGAUUUGACCGAGCUUGGGAGGACCCCAGUCACCGUCAUCUCCAGUGGCUGCAAGAGCUUCCUCGACAUACCGCGAACAAUCGAGUACCUUGAGACAGAAGGCGUCGGCGUAGGCACCUUCGCCGAUGGACGGCAAGGAAACGUAGACUUCCCCGCUUUCUGGUCCAGAGACAGUGGAGUCAAGAGUCCCACCACCAUUGCCGAUGAGAUUGAAGCGGCUGCCGUUAUAUACGCCCAACACGCACUCCAAAUCUCGUCCGGUCUUCUCUUCGCCAACCCCGUCCCUACCGAUUUCGCUAUACCCAAGGAUGAGAUGGAUGUCAUCAUUGCCGAGGCUCUAAAACAGGCCGAGGCGUCCAACAUCUCUGGCAAGGACAACACGCCUUUUGUCCUUGCCAAGAUCAAAGAACUCAGCAAGGGCAAGAGCAUACCUGCCAACAGAGCCCUGAUAGAAUCCAACGUGAAGAGGGCCACUAUCGUAGCACGAGAACUCGCCAUCCUCGAAGCAAAACAGGAACAAGCCCAAGGACGGAAUUCCUCUUACUUUACUCCCAUUCCAUCCAAUCUCUCGUCUACUCCACGCGAGGAGCUGCGCAAUGCAACCUCGUCGCCCUCUGAGCCUGCUUCAACUCCUACCACGUCAUUCUCAUCCAGUACUGAGCCUCGAAAAGACCCCGAUGUGGUUGUCGCAGGCGCUCUUGCAGUUGACUUUUCUUGUGAUUAUGCUCCGUUCAAGGCUUCUGCGGGCCAGACAGAUCCACUUCCGCACACCUCGAAUCCAGCAGUCAUAACUCAGACACUUGGAGGUGUCGCACAUAAUAUUGCUAAAGCCUCCCAUUUGCUCGGCUCUUUUGUUCACCUGCAUAGUGCUGUUGGUGACGACUUGAGUGGUCGCGCGGCGAUUAGCCAACUGCAGCAAGAAGGCAUGUCAACUUCCGGUAUCGAAACACUCCCUGCGCCGUCUAGAACAGCGCAAUAUGUCGCCAUCAACAACACGAACAAAGAUCUUGCACUCGCCAUGGCAGAUAUGUCAAUCCUAGAGAUGAUCCCCAAUGAAACUAUCCAACAACUAGCCACCAGUAUCUUCAACAACGCUUCAGCUCGACCCAAAGCCUUCGUUGCAGAUGCGAACUGGUCUUCCUCCGCCCUGCACACUUGGCUCCAAGCCGCUCGUCACUCAGAUACUACCACCAUCUUCGAACCAGUUUCUACAGCCAAGUCACUACGCAUUUUCCCAUCUACCACUCACCCAUCAGUUUACCCCAAGCCUCUAGCAGACAUCAUAACACCCAACACUUACGAACUCACUGCACUCCAUGAUUUCGCCAGCCAGGCCUCCCUGUUCGAGUCGCCCGAAUGGUUCAGCGUCAUCGAUGCAUUGGGUAUCCCCAACGGUGGCUUGAGAGUCCCAUUAGCCGUCACAGUGGGUGGUGACAUAGUAGACCAAGGCAUCCCUCAACAAGCCAUCAAACUCCUUCCCUUCUUCCCCACAAUCUUAACCAAGCUUGGUCCUCAGGGUGUACUCAUGACGAAACUCCUAGCCUCUGAUGCAAAAGAGCUGAGGGAAGAUCGCGAGCGGCAGUAUGUGUUGGCGAGGAACAUGUCUUCUGAUGGUGCAGCUACCGUUGGUGGUCUCUACGUGAGAUUGUUUCCUGUGGAAAAAGUACUCGAACCACAUGAGGUAGUCAGUGUAAAUGGCAUUGGUGAUACGUUUUGCGGUGCCUUGGCAUAUGGCCUGAGUCGAGGAGAGACGGUGCAGGAUGUUGUGGGAUUCGCGCAGAGGGCUGCGGGCGAGAGUUUGAAGAGCAGAGAGGCUGUUAGUCCGGAGUUGAGGGGACUGAAGAUGUAA